AUGGAAGCCAACUACGCUAUCCAAGAUAUGCGUAAUAAUCGGUUAGCUUUAAUGGAUCUUGGAUUUGAGACUAGUUUCUACGUCCUGGAAUGGAAAACCUACAUGAUCUCGCAUCUGGAUUACGAUUGCCCUAUUGGCAAGCAGUUCGGGCCUCCUGAAGGCAUCAACGCGGAAUCUACGAGAAUAGAAAACGCAAACAAAUAUUUGUCCAUGAUCAAUUACCUAUUUAGCGAUGUAAUCGUGAUAUGGAGGGUGUGGGUUAUGUCGGAACACAAUAUGAAAUUAGUGUCUUUCCUCGCGCUACUUUCUCUAGGAUGUGCUGUGGCCUCUCUCAUAAGUAUCAACCAUCUGUCUAGACUAUAUGUCUUUUUGAUCGUCGCCUAUUCCACAACGUUGGCAACGAAUCUGAUUUCUACUAUAUUCAUGGCCGUCAAAUCCUGGCAGCAUCGUCGGCUCAUAAAGACAUAUCUUGGUGAUGUGUGUACGAAAUCGCAGACCGGAUCUAUCCUCGCCCUCUUGAUAGAAACCGGUUCCAUGUAUUGUCUCAUGUAUAUGCGACAGAUCAGCUUCUUUGUAGUCGCAGUUUGGUCUGGGUUUUGGGAAAACUACACAGGCAAUAUCUUAGUUUUAGGAGGCAUGGUUCAGAUCUCUGGGAGCUACCCAACUGCGGUCAUCGCCCUGGCAGCAUUCCAAAAGACAGCUUGGGACAUGAGCAUUGGGAUGGCAUCUCGGAACGUCUCUGAGAGGCAUGUCGCUCCGAGACACACUCGCGCAGCAUCAUCGACGAUACAAAUUGGCUACUAUCAACACACUUCAGCGCUCGAUGGUCGCCUGAAAGAAGAUUCUGCACCUGCCGAUUUGGCAGAGAACGUUUGA